AUGGAUGCAGCGGCUGUAACUGAAUGGUGCAUAGAAGAGGAUGUUCCAGUAGACAAAGGCCUAGUGGCAGAAGUACGGGGAGAAACUUGGAGUGAAGGGGAAGUACUCUCGAUCCUGAAAGCUUUGUCCUCAAAUCAGAAAGUCUGGGCGGCCAGUUCAAGGGUGGACAAUGAAAACCCCCUCACCUAUGUCCUAUGUGAAUGGAAAUAUGGGGUUCCAGACUGUCUUAAAGGGCCUAGUGUAGAGACCUUGGAUGGCACAAAACUUUUCCUGUUAUUGCCUGAACAAGAAUCAGCCACUCCCUCUUCCUCGAGCGCAACCCCUUCUACUUCCUCCAGCACGCCAGCACCUGUUGGGGCUUCAGGACAAACAGUGAAGGGGCCUAUCAAAGCACCACUUAAGAACUUCAACCCCGAGUUAUGUGCUGUCCUAGAGGAGAUUGUAGCUCAGUGCAAGAAGGACUCUCCAGAUUAUUUGACCACUGGGUAUAGGAAGUUAAGAAUUUUCUCUGGAAGACACCCUGUGCCCUCUUCGGAAGACGGUUUUGAGGAAUGGAUGGAUCAUGCCGUCCAAGCUCUAGAAGAGUGGGUAAUCCCAGAGAAGAGUAAGAAGCAGAGGAUUAUGGAAAGCCUCAGAGGGCCAGCCUUAGAGGCCAUAUGCAACCUCAAGCAUAAUAAAGAAAAUUGCACUGCUCAAGAUUAUCUAGAUGUUCUACAGAAUGUGUUCGGGAGGACUGAAGACAUUAGUGAGCUCCGUUGCCAGUUGGAGCAUUGUUUCCAAAGGAAGGGGGAAAAGCUGUCUGAGUUUGUUAGCCGCCUGGAUAAGAUCCUGCACCGGAUGCUGGUGAAGAAAGGACUAGAUUCAAAACAAAUGGAUAAAACACACUUUCAACAAGUGAUAAGGGGAGCCCAACCAAUGGACCCCAUCGUCUUUAAGUUACAAACUCAGAAAGGAGAUGGGGUGUUGAAGUAUCCCGACCUAGUCCGGAUCAUCUGA